AAACCUAGUUGCAGAAAACAUUCCCUGCUAUUGGUUGAAAGAGACGUCAAUCUGAGCAAUAGGCAAUUCUAUUUGCCAUUAUUAUUUGAAAAGGACGCGUCACAGGGGAAAUAAUACUUUAACCUGGUAGUUAAUGUUUUUACUGUCCCCUUGAACCUGCCACUCAUUCUGCUCACAUCAGGACAGAAACAUGGCAAACGUAGGAAGGCUCUCCACCAAGGAUGCUGUCCUCUUGCUGUGUGACAUGCAGGAGAAGUUCAGACCAAACAUCUUCCAGUUCACCAACAUCGUUAGCAACGCAGCCCGGGUCCUCCAGGCCAGUCGUAUUCUGGGCAUCCCCACCAUCUUGACAGAGCAGUACCCAAAAGGCCUGGGACCCACCGUGCCGGAGCUGGGGGCAGGGGAUCUGACCGCUCAUGCUAAGACCUCUUUCACUAUGAUGAUAGAAGAAGUGGAGAAGGAGCUAAAGACUCUGGGGAACCCUAAACAAGCCAUCCUGUGUGGAAUAGAAGCACAUGCCUGCAUUGCUUGUACUACAUAUGACCUUAUUGAGAAGGGAAUGGAGGUCCAUAUUGUGGCUGAUGCCGUUUCCUCCAGGAGCCAGACGGAUCGGUUGUUCGCUUUGUCCCGAAUGAAGCAAAGCGGGGCUUACCUCACCACCACAGAGGCCGUCCUGCUGCAGCUCGUUCAGGACGCCAAGCACCCCAACUUUAAGGAGAUCCAGAAGCUCCUGGCCCAGCCGUCUCCUGACACCGGCCUCCUCGCCUUCUUCAGCGCUCUGUAGAGAGAUCACCUCAUGUUGCUGCGUUCCACUGUACAACCCUCUGCCUUUUAACACAGGGACUUCAAUAAAGCGUUGCUUUUGCUUUAA